AAGCAUUGUUGUGGUGUUGUGCAUAUAGUCUUUAGGGUAAGUAUGAAAAAUAAUGUUGGGACAAAUGUAUGUGUUAAAAAUGUUUGCCAUUUCAGAAUCAACGCUCCCACGAGUUAGUCGAAGAUGAAAUCUUUGAAAAGUAUUAUCAAAGGUGAGCAAUUAGUGCGUGAGUCUGAGCACUUGCUGCAGACAAUUGGCAGCGAAGCAAAUGCCGCACUGCGCCAAGCCAACUCAGAGCUGGGUGCGUGUAUAGACGAAUUCCGUGAAAUGUCGCUGCAGGUAUCGAAGGAUGUUAAUCAAUUGCAAGAUACUGUGAUGGCGUUGUUCCAAGCAAGCGCGUUAUAAUCCCAUUAAGAUAUGCGAUUUUCUGCUGGAAAACUGUUUAGAGCCACUAAUUUUGAAGCCAGUUUCAUUGGACUACAGAAAGCAUACCACAGCAAUCUGCUCUGUUCUAUAAUAAUUGCCAAUUUUUAGCACAUUGGGUGACCUCGAAUUCAGAAAAGGGCAUACCCACAUACCCAGCAUUGGUUAAGACCCUACAUAUGAGUGGAAGCAAAUAUUUGAAUGUACAAAUCAAUUAUCAGCAAAAGAUUAUCAUGGGCAUACUCAAAGAAUUCGAUAUUUCCGAUGCACACACAGUUGGCACUGCGCCGUUGAAAUUAUUGCGUCAGUGUUUGCGUCAAUUAGAUUUGUUGAAAAAUGUUUGGCAGAAUGUGUUACCCGAUGCAAUUUAUAACAAGACAUUUUGCGAUAUUAUACAUGAUUUUUGUAAUGAAAUAAUACGACGUAUACUCGCAAUGGAGGACAUUUCGGCAACAGUGGCAAGUGAGUUGAGUGAGCUAAUCGGUGUCAUAUUGGAGAAGGUGCCAACUUUAUUCAAGCACAAACAUGAAGUGAUACAUAUUAAAUCUUGGAUAAAACUUGAGCAAUUCAAAGUGAUACUGAAUGCUUCGUUGCAAGAAAUCACCGAGCAGUGGUGUGAAGGUGCCGGUAUUUUAACGGCAAACUAUAAGGCAGAAGAAAUUAAGCAUCUCAUACGAGCACUUUUCCAAAAUACCGAUCGGCGCGCCAAGGCAUUAACGAAAAUUGUCUAAACAAGAUACACUGCGUUUUUUCUGGUAGUAUAAGAUUUUUAUUCUAAAAUUUUGAAAUAGUUAUUAAAUAAUAGGUAUGUUUUUCUGAAAUAUUUCUGAUAAAAGUUUUCGUUGCAUUCGCUAUUUUUUUGGUAAUAUUCGCAAUGUUUACAUGCCUUCAAGCAAGAAUUGUGCACAGAUAAUGAAGGACGACUCAUCCAUCCAUUCUAUUAUCGGCGAUCAUAUCUGGGAAAAUACAAAAGCACAAAGUUUUUCAUAAGUUAUUUAUAAAUGAUGUUUUUAAUGGUUUAAUUGGAAGAUUGCAAUAAAAAACUUAUUUAUGUACGUA